CCCAAAGCUCAGGAUGUGCCCACAGUCCCUUGAGACUUCUAGAUGUCAUGCAUGUAUCCAGGCGUGACUUUGGCAAAUUCCAUCGACCAAAAGUCCUUAACAGACAGGUGGUGGUUUGCAUUUCCUUUACCCAGGAUCAAGUCCUCCAUACCAGGGACCAAGACCAGACUGCUGUUGUUCCGCUAACUCGGGCCCCACUGUCCUCAGAAAGCAGCUGCUGCCAUCAUGGGCAAUAUCUUUGGAAACCUUCUGAAGAGCCUGAUUGGAAAGAAGGAGAUGCGCAUCCUGAUGGUGGGCCUGGAUGCUGCCGGCAAGACGACCAUCCUGUACAAGCUGAAGCUGGGCGAGAUCGUCACCACCAUCCCCACCAUUGGGUUCAACGUGGAAACCGUGGAAUACAAGAACAUCAGCUUCACAGUGUGGGAUGUGGGUGGCCAAGACAAGAUUCGGCCUCUCUGGAGACACUACUUCCAGAACACCCAAGGCUUGAUAUUUGUGGUCGACAGCAAUGACCGGGAGCGAGUAAACGAGGCCCGGGAAGAACUGAUGAGGAUGCUGGCAGAGGAUGAACUGCGGGAUGCCGUGCUCCUUGUCUUUGCAAACAAACAGGAUCUGCCUAAUGCUAUGAAUGCUGCUGAGAUCACGGACAAGCUGGGCCUGCAUUCCCUGCGUCACCGCAACUGGUACAUUCAGGCCACCUGUGCCACCAGUGGAGAUGGGCUGUACGAAGGCCUGGACUGGCUGGCCAAUCAGCUCAAAAACAAGAAGUGAGAGCCAGCAGCCCUGUCCCAACUACCCUGUCGACCCCCAACACACCUGCUGCCUCCCUGCCCCGGCCUUGCUCCUUCCUUCCCAUUGCAAAUGUGGCCAGGGCCCUGGGCAUCAUGUCCGCAUGCCCAGGGAAAGCCUUGCCUGCCCUGCCCCCUCUCCUCGCCUCCAUUGCCCUGUCCACUGACAUGACCAGUCCCCAAUUGCUGUCCUGAUGAUGAAGCAUUCCAAUUUACUGGAUUUAAAACAAAACAAGGUUGUUAUGGUUUCAUGGGGUGGCCCCCUGUCUCUCUCCCCUCUGGGCUCGGGGAGGUAGGGUGGAGCAUUCUUUCCGUUUUCUUCGUUUGGCACUGGUUGCUGUGCCCUUGGCAUCUGAGUCUCUCCUGUCCCCAAGAGCCCCUCCCCGACUCCCUGUCUUCCUUUCCCUCAUCACCCUCUCCCUGCUGUACAUGGGAAUCGCACGGGCCUCUGUGUGUGCGUGCAUGUGUGCACCUGUAUAUACGUGUAUAGAGAGAUAUAUAUGUGGGAGCGGGGAAGGAGGGGCACGUGGAGUGGACACUGCCCGCUGCAGCCUGCUGUCUGCCCUGCUGUGCGGGUGAGGCCAAAGGCAGAAGGUUGGUAGGCUUUGGACAGGUUGCACUGCCCCAGCCUGGGACUGACCCCUCUCCUUUCCUCUCUGCAGGUAAGCCUUCCUGGGUAGGGCGGAUGCUAGGUUCUUUGCCACCAUCUUCCUUGCAGCUUUUCCUCACGCCCUUGUCAGGGGGUGUGUGGGAUGAUGUUUGUCUCUGCAUGGCUGCUGGUGGGAAGGAGAGAAGAAGCCACUCAUUGGUCAGCGCAGAGUGUCCCAUGGGUGUUCUGCCACCAUUCUCAGAAGAGGAACUUGAAGACAGGUGGAGUAGGGGGGCUUCAGGUGUCCCAUCUCCAUUCUCUGGCCAUAGGAGAGGGCGAGGCCAGGGUCAGCCCCCUUCCCGUCUCCCAGUGUCCUUCUGAGCAGCCCUGCUUAUCUUGAGGGUUGAGGGGUUCUGCUGGCCUCAUGAGGGCCAAGUGGGUGUUCCUAUGAGAGCUGUGGAGUAGGAUUGACGCAGCAAACCUCAAUAUUAAGCCCCCGUCCCCCAGCUCUCUUCCGAGUCCAGAAAGUGUUAAAGCAUAAGAAUUGUCUGUUGUUGCCAAGCCCUAGGUCCAUAAGUUAUCCCGUCCAUUCAGCAGCUGUCCCGACAGUCCUUCUUACACACUUCCUGUAAGUGGGUCUAGGGCUUGGAGUUCAGGAAAUGGGACCUAGCCAUGGCUGUUGGUGCUGGAGGGAUGUAGCCAUCUUCAGUCGGAACCUGAGCCUCCUCCCGCUGUUACCUGGUUGUGCACAAGCUGCUGCUACCACAUCUCUGUCCACAGGGGGCGCCCUUCCUGGAGGGCCUGACUCCUGGGCCAUUUCUACGACACUGUGGCUGCUGUGUGGGCUCCUGUGUGUGCUGGCUGCGCCCUGAGCUCUAAAACAGCUGCCCAUAACCUUUUUGCUAAGGUUGGCGGCCAGAGCCCCGCCACCCUUCAAAGGGACUCCUUCUCCGAAGGACUUGUCUCACAUCCGACUUUGGGGACCGGCUUCCUGCCACCUUUUCUACAGCAAGCAAAUCAGUACCCACAACCUCAGCCCAGACUAAACUGUGGGAGAGUGUCCGGGAGUGCCUCCCUCAGUGCCAGUGACUCUGCAGUGUUACCCAAGAUGCAGCAGGUCUGUGCAGUUAUCUUGUCUAGGCGUGUGUGUGUGUGUGUGGUGUGGUGUGUGGGACACGGGGGUUUAUUUCCAGAAUGCAUUCACUCCUCUGACCACACAGAUGCUUGGCACUGUGCUUUUUCAUUGCUGUUUCCUCGGGUUUUUUUUUUCUCUCCCGCCCCUGUGCCUCUCCUCUGAGAGCCUUUCUUUGCCUUGUCAGUGCAUUCGCUGCUGUUGCCUCUUUGUCUUUUUUUUUUUCCUUCUCCUAUUUAUAUUUAUGAUUACCCUCUCCGUGUUUUCAUAGUUGGUGAGGACCUCAACCCCUCGCCCUCUCUCUGUCCCUCUCUAAUUAGAUGCCAAUCCCAAGUAGGUUUUCCUCGUUUUAAACCUCUCCCACCUUUGUUGUGGCAGGUGUGUGUGGGGGUGCCAGGGACCAGUGUAGGGCAGGGGCGUUAGGAAGCUGCCUUGGAGUUUGCUACUUCCCAGCAGGAGGCAGUAGUGGCUUUGUGGUAGUGUCCCCUGGCUGCCUGGCCCUGGGCAGGGUGGCCAUUUCACUAGACAGCUCUUUCUGGGAUUGCGUUUCGUUCAUUUCUGCCCGCUCCCUCUCGCGCUGUGCUGCUGGAUUCAGUCUCAUGCUUUCCCUCAUUCCGGCUUUCUUCUUCCUCGGGGACCCCCCCUUCCCACUCACUUGACCAAGUUUGUGGUGUUACAGUGGUAACUGCAGUUCUGAACUGGUUUUUUUCUCUUUCUUCUUCCUCUGGAAUGUAGACUGUAUAUGUUGAAUUACUCACCCAUCUAUCCUUGCUCAAAACAUGGGAUGAUGCUAUGACUGUGACCCUGGUUGGAAAUUAAACUUGUUUUAUUCCGUUUGGA